CAUGUAAUGAUGGACAUACAUGCGGCCCUUCUUAGAGGGAGGGUGGCCUGGGUCCCUACUUCCUGAGGUGAUCCAGGUUGACUCCUGUUAUGCUAAGGUGGCUGACAAUGUUCCCAUUCACCCUCUGAAGUGCCCUGGUUUGGUGACAAAGUAUAGGGCCACCCACUCAGAGCUACUAAGUCUACUCCCCUUAUUUUAUAAAUACGCAUAUUAAGCAAAUGACAGUUUCCCUUUCCUUGCAAAAUAUUUCCCCACGUUCUCCUGAAAAACAGGCACAGGCCUUGUGAGCCUGCUCGCAUGUUCAGUGGGAUGGGCACUGGUGAAAUUCAAGGGCUCAAUACAGGUGCAGGAAAUACCUUCAGGUCCUCUGUGUCCCUUGUAAUCUAUGCUUUUUGUGAGGGAUCUAGACUUGAGCUGGCGCUGCUUGGAUGUGACCAUGCUUGCUAUGACUUAUUAAAAUCCUCAGGCAGCCCCAGCUUUCCCAGGCAGAGCAGCCUCCGCCUGUCACCCCAUCCACACGCAUCUGACCCUGGGGACGGGAUUCCUUGUCUGGGAGCUGGCAGCUCAGCCGUGCGAUUUCACCACAGGAUGGAUCAGUUUGAGACUGAGCACACAUCUGUUGCCUCUCUAUGUGUCCUCAGCCACGAGGGCGCCCACAGUGUGGCCCUUCCACCUGAUUGGUUUCCAAGGAGGAACCUGCCCAGGGUCACAGUUCACCCCUUCUUGGGCAAUCGGCACCCAAAUAGGUAUAGCUGUUUAAAGACAGUUUCCUGUCCUCAGAUUGGGUAAUUUCAGGCCAUAGGUCCCAUAGGUGUUGCCAAUUUAAGACCAAAAGAUGGCUUUAAUGUAACAUGAGUUGGGAGAGCCCUCCAAGGGCAGGCUGGUAGGGAAAGGGCUUGGUGGAUGGUUUUCCUCAAGACCGGGGGGUACUUCUGGCCUUGGGCUCCUGAUUUAUGUCCAUGCCAGUUCUCCAAUCUCCUUUUCUGCUUUCUUCAGAGCAGUGACAGUCACCCCCUUUUCCUUGAUGUCCCCACUCGGGACAUGAUGUGCCUUCUUGGUAUCCACAGGGUUCUGCCUAUUGUUCCCCAGAUGGCUGGAAUGGAGGGGGCCCCUGGUACUUGGAGGCCAAGAACAGUUUGUGGAGCCCCAAGAAGCAAAUUCUCUGCAGAUGGUGUCCCCCUAAUCCUCUUGCAUUUCUCAUAAUCCAGCUCAGUUCUGAGGAUACUGGAGGUGGCAGUUGGGUCUCCUUGAAUGUGUGUCAUCUGCUUGGUAUCCACUUGCUGGGAUGGGGUUGUCCAGGGGGACACACCAGCUGCAAGAGAGGCAGUGUCCCUUUAGCCUGUCCUUCCCUUGCUGGACGUCACCCAUGCUCAAGGCUCUGGGAGUGACACCAUGCCCAUGAGCUCCCUGCACCACGCUGCUAGGGCCUUGGCGUCAUGAACGGCGACCUGAGGGAGGUCCAGGCCCCCAGCCACCGUGAGUGCCUCUUACCCUCUGUGGCUCACACUCCCUCCGUCACCCAGGUCACACCGGCCAAGAAGGUAACCUUCCUCAAGCGAGGGGACCCUCGGUUUGCUGGAGUGCGCCUGGCUGUCCACCGACGGGCCUUCAAGACCUUCAGUGCCCUGAUGGACGAGCUCUCCCAGCGCGUGCCUCUGUCCUUUGGGGUGCGCUCUGUCACCACGCCCCGGGGGCUGCACGGCCUCAGCGCCCUGGAGCAGCUGCAGGAUGGUGGCUGCUACCUCUGCUCUGAUAGGAAGCUCCCCAAGACCUCUAGGGGACCAGGCCAGCUGCAGGCCAGAAGCCCCUCUGCUGUGCAGUCACAGGAUGCAGAAGGUGGGUGUGAGGCACCAGGGACAUCAUCUUCCUGCAAGGGACCUGCAGCCCCGAGAAGGGUAACUCUGAUUAGGAAUGGGGCCACUGGACACCAGCAGAUGCUGCUUCUCAGCUACAGAGAUGCCAGGAGCCGGACAGCCUUCCUCAGCCGGGCCUCAGACCUUCUGGGCUUUCCCGUGAAGCAGCUGUACACAAUCAGUGGGCGAAAGGUGGACCCUCUGCAGGUGCUGCUGCAUGGCCCCUCCGUGCUGGUGUGUGCUGGAAAUGAGGCCUUUAGACCCCCUGCAAUGGACAGCGCCCAGAGAGGCGGAACUGAAGCUUUAUCCUCGCUGACUUCUAGCAGCAAGAACGGUUGCUGGGGGCCCAAGGCCAAGCCAAGCGUGAUCCACCCCAGAUCCAGGUCAGGCAGCCGGCUGCCGAGGUCCUUAUCAUCAGCAAGGUCUGGGCUCAAUGAGCCCCCCACAUCCCUGCCUCGUGCCUGGAUGGGGGCCUCCCUGCCUGGCCCCUUAGUGACAAGUGACAACGUGGAGAAGCAGGUCCACAUGAAUGAGGAUGGCAGCCUGUCCGUGGAGAUGAGAGUCCGCCUCCACCUCCUGGGUGAGGAUGCCAUGCUGUGGUCCCAGAGGGUGGGGCAGGCCAGCGGAGAGGGCCCCAGCCUGAAGGAAGUGGACCCCAACUGCUGCAGAUGGGAGGGCCACUCUUGGGACAGCCUGGAGCCGGGAGGCAAGGGCCCAGGUCUCUGCAAGGCAGGGUGCCGUCGAGCUUUUGAGGGACCCCGGUCCAGCUUCGAGAUCUGGAGAAACCCUCUGUGUGCUCCCCUGGAUGUGAAGCCUGCACCUUGGAGAAGGCCCGAUUGGGGCCAGAGCAAGAAGAGAUGCGGUAAGGACUAUAGCAGCCCAGCCUCUAGUGCUGAGCGCCCAGGAGGCUCCGAUUCAGACUCCUGCAGCCCCAGGACCCCAGAGGGCCAUGCGGACAGUGACAGCCCAAGUCCAGCCUCUGAGGCUGCUUCCUUCAGCUGGGCUGAGCAAGCAGGUGGGGAGGCCCGGUGCCCUGAGGGAGCACAGCCACCAGGCUGGGAGCAACAGACCUACCAGGCACCUGGGACCCGAGCUGUGGAAAGGGCCCUUUUGGACUCUUCAGCCAGUGCCAGGUCCCACAAGGAGUCUAGCAAGUGGGAAGGCCAGCAGUGGGGCGGCCUGGGCCGGGAGAGGACAGGGACCUCCCAGCUGAAGGCCACCCUUGGUGACAAUCCCUGUUGCCUGUCUCUGAACAACGAGGACCCACAGCCAGAGAAGUGUGGACAGGAUGCUGGGUGCCCUGAGGCCAUGGAUGGGCCUGUGACAACACUGCCCUUGGCUCAGGGGUCGGCUGGCUCCCAGGAUGCUGAGGGACUCUCCCUGCGUCUUCCUGCCUGUGCUCUGGCCCUGCGGAGGAGGAGAAGGCAGCAGAGCCCAGGGAGUACCACAUCCUCCUCCUGCACUCCUGUCCUCCAGCAGGCGACCCAGAGAAGCCACACCAGGCUGUGUCUCCACUGCGGGGACCCUCACUGCCCCACAGACUCCCCCGAACCCCCGCCAGCACCAAGGCCCCCGGACAGAAGAAGCACUAGCCCAGGGGGGCCAGUGCCACGAUCUUCUCCCAAGUCAUCCAGCAGCAGCAGACAGGUCUCUGGGAACCAGGGGGCACUCCCCUGCUCCCCUGCCCCACAGGCUGCCAUCGCCCCCGUGAGUAGCUCAGAUGGGGCUUCUGAUUUCUAUCACCCCAGGGCCUGCUCUGCAGAGCCAGCAGGGGACACUGAGGGCAGAGUGCACCCCUCAUGGCCAACACCCACCCACACAUCAGGGGCUGGAGGCCUGGGGGAUGAGACUGGCAGCACCUCCAGGCCCUCGCCGCCCUUGUCUCUGCAGGCUGGAUGGCCCGAGGGAGAGGAACCCGGAGCUCACCACAGUGGCCCCAGCUCACAGACUGGGGUGUGCCCUGUCCUGAGGACCCCCAGUGAUCACACUGAGGCCUGCUGGGCCAGCAGUGGAUACUGUCCCACACCCCCCCAAGGGCGGCCCUGUACCAUGAGGCACCCUUCAAACCACAGUGGUCACCAAAGGACUGGUGACGAGGGGCCCAGAGCUAGUGAGACAGGGGAAGAAACACUCCAAGUGGGGCACAUGCUGGCCCCAAGCCCUCAAUCAGGGACAAUGGGCAGCACAGCCAGGGAAGCAGGAAGGAGCCCCAGUCCUGCUGCCGGGGCAGGCACUGAGGAGCCACGGGAAGACGGCGGUAUGACACCCAGUGCACUGCCCCAUGCCUCUCCGGAUGCAGUGGUCCGUGAAUGGCUUGACAACAUCCCAGAGGAGCCCGUUCUCCUGGGAUACGGGAUGGUGGAUGAGGCCACACCUGUGUCCCAUGACAGCCUGGGAAGUACUGAGGAGGACGCUGGAGACACCAGACAGCAGGUCCCAGAAGGGGACCCUGAUGAGCAACCCACACAGGACCAAGGCCUCCCAGGGACUGUUCAGGAGGACCCCGACUUGGGAGAUGGUCCCCAUCAAGGCACAGGUCUGGAUGAAGGGCCCAAGGACACUGCAAAGGCUGGUGUGGGAGAUGGGGUCCCUGUGGGCUGUGGGCUGACACUGUGUUCCCUUCCUGGCAGAGUUUCUGCCUCUACGCAGAUCAUGAAGGCCCUGAUGGGCACCAAGCAGGGCCGGCCCAGCAGCCUACCGGAGCUGUCAGGCCCGAUGGCCCAGAGGCUCAGCCGGUCGGCCGAGGCACUCGUCACCUGCCUUGCCAGCCUGCGCUUCUUCGAUGGUGCCUGUGGGGCUCUGGCAGACACAGGGAGGCUCAAAGAUUCCCCUCAGUACCAGGAGCUGCUUGGGCUCUUCCAGGGACUGUGGCCAGGCUGUGACCUCGGACAAGGUCCCGUGGACCCAGAUCUCAAGGCCCUGCCAAUCACCAAGGACUUCACGCCCACCUCUUCCUCCGGGGUGGACGUCAGCAGUGGCUCCGGAGGCUCAGGGGAUGGCGGUGUGCCCUGUGCCAUGGAGGCCGCCCCGGGUCCUCAGCAGAUGGAGCAGUCCCUGCAGAUCUCCUCCCAGAGGCCCAGUUCCAGCAGUUCAGGGCACCCGGAGCACAGGGAAAACCCUCAGCAGAGCUGUUCCACGGCCUCCUCUGGCUCCCCAGUGCAGGAGGAAGCCAGGAGCAGCAGCAGGGAGCAGACAUCGGACGAUGAUUUGGAGCAACUGGACAAUAACCCAGAGCCGUCUGUUGAAAACAGGACGCAGGAGGAGAGGGGACCAGCAGAGGAAUCAAAAGAAAGGGAAAGACCCCAAGAGGAAGGUGUCCAGGAGGAAGGGCUUCCAGAAGAGGCCAGGGUCAGUGGUGAGGAGGAAGACACAGGCAGGAACCCUGAUCCUAUAGCGCUGGGUCUCCUAGGAAGAACAGAGGAGCCCACUGAGUGCCAUCUCAACGAGGGGGAUGCAAACACCUGUGAGAGUCCCAGUAACCCCAGCUCAGAGCCUGGUCUGGAAGCCCAGCCCAGGGCAGCAGUGCUAGGCUGGGAGCAAGCCCGGGCCCAGUCCACCCCGGAGCCUGGGGUGAUGAGCCUAUCUGGGACUCAAGCAACAUCUCUGGACCCCGACCCUGUGUGGGUGUCCAAGCUGCUGAAGAAGAUGGAGACAGCCUUCAUGGCCCACUUGGCCAGUGCCUUGUCUGAGCUCCAAGCCCGCUGGAGCCUGCAGGGCGACAACCUGCUGGACCACAUGGUGGCCGAGCUGCAGCAGGAUGUGGGCCAGCGGCUCCGAGACAGCACUGACAAGGAGCUCCAGAAGAUCCAGAGCCGGGCGGGGAGGACUGCGCUCAGAGGACAGGCGUCCCUGCAGACUGAGCAGCGCCGGCGCUGGCUCCAGGGCCUGCGCAACUUCUCAGCCUUCCCUGAGCAGAACCUUGCUGGGGAGCCCCAGUUCCUCACCCUGGAGGACAGGCCCAGCCUCAGCGCAGUCUGGGGAGCCGGGCCAGGUGGGGGCGCCGAGGGGGAUGAGUUCUGUCCCUGCGAGACCUGUGUGAGGAAGAAGGUGACUCCCAAGUCCCGGAAGGCCACCACAGGGGCUACCAGUGCACCUAUCAAGAUAGCCUUUGACCUACGGCAAAUUCUGCAGCAGAAGAGAGAGGAGGCAGCAGAGGGGACCCCCAAGAGAAUAGGGACCGAGCGGCUUCAGGAGGACCACCCUGACCAGGGACCUGACGGAGAGCAGGAGCUGGGCUUGGGCCCAGGGAACCAGAGGCAAAGCAGUGACCCCAGUCUCAGGGAGGCAGAGGGAGCUGGUGAGCAGGAGAGGGAAGAGGAAGCCGAGGGGUGGGAGAGAGGAAAGAGAACCCCAGCCAGUGUGGGCAGUGCCCCGGAGGAGGUGGCCGAGGGGCUGGAGCCUUGCCCGGCUGAGCAGGAAGGAGCCGCCAGUGAAGGCUCCAGGGAUGGGGAUGCUCCGGAGGCUGCAGGACAGAGAAAUGGUGCGGAGGACACAGAAGGACACCCACAGUCUGAGGCUGGACGUGACAGCGAGGAAGAAGGUGGCCCUGGAGCUAGCACAGCACAGGAAGGCGGAGGAGAGGCUUCUGGACACAGCAGCCUAGACCAGGAGGGGAGGCCCAUGACACCCCCUGCCCAGGCUGAGGACACCCCCCACCAAGGGCCAGGCUCCCAAAUGUCCCUGGGCAGCUGCUCCCAGGUCUCUCAGAAGGACUUGGAGGAUCAGUCAGGCAGAGAGCUUGGGUGCCCGGAGUCCCCACAGGCAGAGGGGAAGGUGGCCAUCGUGGAUCCGGACAGCUCCACCUCUGAGGAGGGAGGGCCCCCUUCGGGUCCAGGGACUCCAGAGCCGGGAGCAGGUGAAGGCUGCUCCGCCCUCGGACAAGACCAGGGGGCAGCUAGAGGCUGUGCGGGCUCCCCUGCAGGGGACGGGGCAGGUGGCUUUGGCGAGGAUAUCUUAGAUUUCUAGACAUUAAGCAGCAAGACAAGGACCAGUGUGGGAAUCAUUUUGAUAUUUUGUCUACAGACUCUGCACGGUUCGGGCCAGGGGUCACUGCAAGGAGCAAAGGCUGUCAGGGAGGAUUUGCCAAGGGCACAGGUCGCCCCUGGCUAUCCCUGGGCCCAGGACAGCCCCACCACCUGCCACGCAGGGGACAAGGGGCCUUGGAGCGGGUCUGCCACGCCCUGGGAAGCCGGUGGCCCUUGCUUCUCUGUGGGCCCAGGUGGGUGGCUGCCGCAGGCAUGCACGGGGCGCCGUGGGGCAGCUCCUUUGAGCAAGGCUGCGCUCCUCCUUUCCCCUUGAUCUGCUGUUUGCUCUUCUUGGCUUUGCCUGGCGCUCACCUUGUUCGACUUUGAAGGGCUUUUUGCUGGUCAUGAAUACAUUUGGCGACUGCAGAUGUGGGCCCUUGGGAAAAGCAGGUAAUGGCAGGGUCAUUAGAGGAGCUGUGUUCUCAGUCCCCAACUCAGUGUUUUCCCCUAAUUUAUAUUUAAUUCUUUGCAAUGGGAAAAAUGCAAGCUCAGUAGAUAAAUAAAUAAGCAAAGGGGGAAGAAGGGGAAACAUAAACAAUUCCACCCCCCAGACAUAGCUUCCAUAGCAACUUGGCAUGCGCCCUUCCCACGGUUUUAUAAGCAUCUAUAGUUAGGAUUGUUCUUCACAUAACAUUUACAUACUGCUUUAAAAAAAAAAGCUUGACUGUAUACGAAUUUUCCCCAUUUAUCAUAAACCUUUAUUUUUUAAUUGGAAACUGAGCUCAGAUCCUUCACACUGAACUACAUCCCAGCUCUUUUAAUUUUUUGAGACAUGGUCUUGCUAAGUUGCCCAUGCCGGGUUUGAAUUUGUGAUCUUCAUACCUCUGUCUCUCGUGUAGCAGGGAUUACAGGCAUGUUCCUCUGUGCCAGGCUCUAAACUUAUUUUUUAAUACCUGAAGAAAAUUCCAAUUUGAGAAUUUAAAAACUUUAUUUCACCAUUUUCCUACUGUUGACUCUACGUUUCUAUUAUUUUGUUCUAAUAAUUAUUUCCCCCUAAAUUCUGGUAGAUUCCCAGGAGGCAUGAAAUUAUUGGGUCCCAGAAGAUCAAUAUCCUUCUGAUUUUUCAUAAACAUAAUCACUAAAUUAUAUCACCUGGCCCUUCACAUACCUAUCAGUAUUUGGUAUUGUCACUGAAAAUGAGAAAUUGUUUGCUAAUUUUAUGGGCAAAAAAGAACUUCAUUUUAAUGUGGUACUAUUUUAGAUAUCUUUGAUUACUAAUGAAAUUUAAUGUUUCCCUACGGUUUGAAGAAACAUUUGCAUAUAAAUUAUAAGUAGAUGCCUUUAAUCCAUUUUUCUACUGAGUUCUUAGCUUUAUUUUUUUAAUGAGUUGAUUUGUAUGUACCCUUUGUCAUUUUUAAAAAUUACAUGUAUUAUUUUUGAGAUUCAAAAAUUACCCUGUCCUAACAUUCCAGAGCCAGCCUGGGACUGGGUCUGCCUGGGUAGGGAGCUCCUGGGUGGACGGAAUCUUUUUGGAUGGUUCUCACCCCUUCCCUGUUGGACAGGGGAUUUUGAUAUCCAGAUUCUUGAAAAAGGAAAUCAGAGCCUCAUGAGCAGGUUUGGUUCCUGGUUGUUUCAGAGCAGCCGCGACGGCUGGAUGCUGUCUGUUGCAUCUGCAGUGCUCACUCCACAGAUGGAAGAGCUGUUUUUAAUAUCUGCAGAGGUGAUGCUUUAAAGUUUUUACAAUAAAAGCAGAAGGCGAUGCGUAUA